AUGGCUGAGGACACUUGCAAGAAGAUUGCAGCCAAUGACCCAGAGUUGAACAUCGACUUCUGCGUGAAGUCUCUUGGGUCAGACCCGGAGAGUCAUAAGGUGGAUCUUGAGGAACUAGGGUUGAUCGGGGUCAAGCUGUUACAAGCCAACUAUACAGGCACGAUCGAGUACAUUAAACAACUACAAAAGCAAAAAUUGGAACCGAGCCUGCUCAAAGCACUCUCGUUUUGCUUGGAUGUUUACACCUCAGGUGAACGCAAAGACCUAAUCCCACUUUAUAAGGCGAAGCGUUACGGCGAGGUGAAUAUUUAUGUGACUAUAAUGAUGAAUAAAGAAGCAGCGUGUGACGCUCAAGGAUCGGAGAAGGGAGGCACGGUUCCACCUUUGACAAAGAGUAAUGCUGACGUUUAUCAAUUGUCUAUCAUAGUACUUGAUAUUAUGAAUAUUGUGUGA